AGCCGCAAAUUUUGCUCUCCCUCCAAGCCAUUCCGAAACCUCGCGGCGGCCACCCCCUCCCGAAUAUUCUAGAACCUUCUAGACCUAGGGUUCCGGAUGGAGCCCGAAGAGGUGGAGGCCGUGCUGGAGACCAUCUGGGACCUCCACGACAAGGUCAGCGAUGUCAUCCACGCCCUCUCUCGCGCCCACUUCCUGCGCGCCGUCCGCCGGCGUGCCACCGCUGCGGGGGACAAGCCCACCGGCCUCGUGUACGUCAAGGUCGGGGGCCUCGCCGCGGGCUACGGCGACGAGGCGGCCGCCCUGGCAGCCUUUGCCGAGGAGGCAAGGAGCCUCCACGCCAUCCGCGCCGCGCUGGAGGACCUCGAGGACCAGUUCGAGUGUUUUCUCGCUGUGCAGUCACAGCACCAAGAAGAACGAGAUAUUGCAUUAACAAGGUUGGAUCAAAGUCGCAUCAUGCUUGCAAUAAGAUUGAAAGAGCAUCAUGGGAACAAUCACGGAGUCAUAGACGAGGCAUCCGACUUUGUCCAUAAUGUCUACCAGGAUGUUUGGCCUUCUAUAUCAGUAAACAAACCUGAGAAGUGUGCUGACAGUUCCAAUAACAUGGUGAAGGGUUCAAAUUUCUUGGGGCGGAUGGUAGCUUCUAGUCUUGCUUUAGCUGGGAACAGUUUCAGCUUCAAAAACUUUGGUGGUUUAUUAGGGAAUAGUGCAGUGUUAGCUAUGGGCAUGCUUACGCUGCUGCAGCUGCAUUGGAUGGGUUCUGGAGAACAAAGUCCGUCAGUUAGUAACUACAGCUACAGGAGGGUCAAUCGGGAUAAUUCGUCACGGUUGGGGACGUUUCCACGAAGUAUUACAGAGAGUCAUCUUGAUGUGUCAUUAGCCAAAGGUUGAGGGGUCCUUUCGCAUUGUCUUAUUUAUUGCUUGUACAUGGUUUGCUAGGAUGUUUUGGAAUAGAAAGUUAUUCUCACUUGUUCUCUGGGUAGUAAACGAAUUGUCAGUCUAGGUGCAGAUCAGCUUAGGUGAGUUGACCUCUCUUGUUUUUUCUAUGGAUUGUAAUUGUGCACUGUAUCCUUGUAGGCAGUAACACUUAUUGAUGUUGGUAUGUUUGCUCUUGGUUUGCUUGACUAUA